AUGAUAACACGACAAGGCCAGCCACAAGCUUUUACACGCGAUGAUAACCGACUAUCACGGAAUUUGGGCCGCCGAGGACGGCUGCAUAGGCCUUGGCGGUGCCGGAUGCAGUUGCAAGCCCGUGGCCCGAGCGGCGACAGCAGCGGCUCGGAAGCAGGAACGAGUGGGAGUCCGCCACCUCGACGGCAGCAGCCGGAAGUGGGCGCGGGGCUGAAGGCCGUGUGGUACGGUGCAGAGCAGUUUGGAAAGCUGGUCAGCCUGACACGACCCAAGCAGCAGCAGCAGCAGCAGCCGUCCUCCUCAGAUGCUCCCGAGGCGGCGGCGGAUCCCCCUUCACCCGGGCGGCGGCGAAGUCGGGAGGACAUCCUCGCUGCCAUCCGGAGGGAUUACGACGUGCAGUACUUUGUACGGGGCUUGGCGGAUAUGGAGGCUUACGCGCCGGAUUGUGUGUUUGCAGACCCCUUCGUGUCCUUCUCGGGGACUCAGCGGUUCAAACAGAACGUGUCGAACCUGGGCGGACUAAUGUCCGACAUACGUCUGGACGUGUACGAGUGGGUGGAGGGGACCUCUACGUUGGAAACACGUUGGCGCUUCUCCGCACUGCUGGAUCUGCCGUGGCGCCCCCGGCUGGCGGCGGCGGGGGGAACCACACACAUCAUCGACCUGGACCGCGGGCUGGUGGUACGGCACGAGGAGAGGUGGGAUGUGGAGCCAGCCAAGGUGGUGGCGCAGCUGCUGCAGCCCACGGCAAAGGUCCCCACCAACCCCUGGGAAACCUUCCUUUUGGCCGCCUCUGCGGGGGAUGGCACCGGGGUUUGGUUCGUGUUGAGUCCGCUGGUGCUGCGAUUGUCCGCUGCGGCAGCUGCGGCGUCGCUGGCAUGGGGUGUGCUACCCUGGUCCGGAGGGCAGGGGCUGCUGCCGGGGCCUGUACUGCUGGCAUGCGAAUUGGCGGUGUGUGGCUGCGUGGUGACGGAGGUGAUCAAGUUUGCCCAGGGCAUGCAAGGCGGGGAGACGGGUACGGGGGGCAGGUUCUGA